GGCGGGGGCGGGCCGAGGCUCGGCCGCGCAGUGCCAGCGCCAGCGCCCGCGCCAGACCCGCGCCCCGUGCUCUCCGGCCCGCCGCCUGCGUUCUGGCCCGCGAGCCCGCACUCCCGCCCUGCCCGUGUGCCGCCCGAGGAUGGAGCUGCUGUGCUGCGAGGGCACCCGGCACGCGCCCCGGGCCGGGCCGGACCCGCGGCUGCUGGGGGACCAGCGUGUCCUGCAGAGCUUGCUCCGCCUGGAGGAGCGUUACGUGCCCCGCGCCUCUUACUUCCAGUGUGUGCAGAGGGAGAUCAAGCCGCACAUGCGGAAGAUGCUGGCGUACUGGAUGCUAGAGGUGUGUGAGGAGCAGCGCUGUGAGGAGGAAGUCUUCCCCCUGGCCAUGAACUACCUGGAUCGCUACCUGUCCUGCGUCCCCACCCGCAAGGCGCAGUUGCAGCUCCUGGGUGCGGUCUGCAUGUUGCUGGCCUCCAAGCUGCGCGAGACGACGCCCCUGACCAUCGAAAAACUGUGCAUCUACACCGACCACUCUGUCUCUCCCCGCCAGCUGCGGGAUUGGGAGGUGCUGGUCCUGGGGAAGCUCAAGUGGGACCUGGCUGCUGUGAUUGCCCAUGAUUUCCUGGCCCUGAUUCUGCACCGGCUCUCUCUGCCCCGCGACCGACAGGCCUUGGUCAAGAAGCACGCCCAGACCUUUUUGGCCCUUUGUGCUACAGACUACACCUUUGCCAUGUACCCGCCAUCCAUGAUUGCCACGGGAAGCAUUGGAGCUGCAGUGCAAGGCCUGGGCGCUUGCUCCACAUCUGGGGACGAGCUCACGGAGCUGCUGGCAGGGAUCACAGGCACUGAAGUGGACUGCCUGCGGGCCUGUCAGGAGCAGAUUGAAGCUGCCCUCAGGGAGAGCCUCAGGGAAGCCGCCCAGACCUCCCCCAGCCCAGUGCCCAAAGCCCCCAGGGGCUCCAGCAGCCAGGGGCCCAGCCAGACCAGCACUCCCACAGAUGUCACAGCUAUCCACCUGUAGCCCUGGAGAGGCCCCCGCAAGUGGCCGACAGCAGAGGAGGGCACACUGCCACCCCCGCCCCUCCCUGCCUGCAGGAACGAACCAUGCCACAGCUGAAGCCCGAGGGGGCUCUUUCCUACUCGCCCCUCGUGAGCCGAAGGGGUCAGGUCCUGCCUAUCCCUGCAGUGUGCACGAAGGGGCCUGGCCUGCUGCGGCUGAUGGCCAGCCAGGCUCCUCCUUCUCCUUGCAUCUGACCAGCUCAGCUCGUUCCCAGUUCUGGCUGGGGUGGGCCAAACUGGCCAGAGAUGAAAUUGAAGUAGCUAAAAUAUAUGUACCAGCAUUCCUUUUCGGGGCUCCUUUAUCUCUGGGGCUCUCAUGUUCUCAACUGCCAAGACUGAACCUGGGCCCUUGGCAGUGAAAGCAUGUAGUCCUAACCACUGGACUGCCAGGGAAUUCGCUAGUUACUGCAUUUGAAUUGGGGUCUUUCUGAAGAAUCCUCAGAUGUUCUAUACACGUGAGAAGAAAGAGUGGACAUUUCCUCUCAACACACUUGGAGGCCCUUGCAUAAACCAUGCUCUCAGCUGCUCCUAGAGGGAGGGGCCCCAGCCUCUGUCCCAGGGGCGGGAACCAACCUCCUUGCUUUGCUUUCUGCUCGGCUUCUCCUGUGUGAUUGGGGGGGUGGGGUGGGGUGGACGACAGGGGGGCAGUGCUGAAGGAAGAGGUUAAUUUAUUAAUUGCUUUGAGUACAACUGUAAGAGGGUGUGGUGGGGCCCAUCUACCCCAAAAGUGGUGGUAACCCUGGUGGUUGCUGCAUUCCUGCCCUCUGCUACUCGCUAGAGGAUCUUUGUGGCCGAGGAGCUGCUACAGCCUGGGGUGGGGCCAUGCCCUCCUCUCCCUUUGGCCCUUGGCUUCUAUCCUCCGAGAGUGGGGGAUGAAGCAGGGAUGACCUGGAGGUGACCAAGCCCCCUGUCCGGAGAGGGAGGCAAGCCCUGUUGACACAGGUCUUUCCUGAGGCCACAAGGUCCAGGCUGGUGGCCCAGGACCAUCAUGCUACCUUAAUAAAGAUUCUGUAAUAAAA